AUGAACAUUCACUUCUCUUGGAAUAGCUUUUUUCAAUUGUUUGUUUCAGAGUCUUUUGAUCGGCCCAAGAAACGAACUCGUAUUUUUGUCACAAAGGAGCAAAAAACUCACUUUCGUCGAAUCUACAACCCAGAGAAACAAGCUGUUAUCAGACAGCAUCUUUCAACACAGUUAGCGGCAAAUCAGACUGAAUUUGAGAAAUGUUUGAAGGAACAUUCAGCGAUUCGUAAAUCACCUCAACGAGCAUCGACAACCAACACCUCCCCUCUCAGUCAUCCAUCACUAGCACAGACAUCUACCUUCACCACCCCCCUCGGUCAUCAAACGGAACUCCGAACGACUGCACAGAGCUAUCCAACUCUCCUCAGUCACCUGUCAGAAAAUGCAGCAACAACCAGGACCUACACCACCCCACUCAGUCAUCCAUUGGAACCCCAGUCRGCAACAACAUUYGGGACCUAUACYACCCCCRUCAGUCAUCARUUGYCUUCAUCAGYUCGCUCYAGUCCUAUGSCGACCACCCUAGACAGCGUUGUUAUGGUACCUUUCUUUCGAAUUGCUGACAGUCAAACCCAAAGUCAUCGUUACGUCUGUGCUGCUAAAUAUCUGGGUUUUUAUGGCGUCUCUGGCGAAAGGGAUCAGUAGUGAAUUGAGAAUAUAUAUUUGAUAUUUGUAAAGAGAUCUUGUAAUUUAUAGCGUUUGUAAAUAAACUUUGUUGUAGGCAAAUACAAGUUAUUUUUUUCAUGAAUUUUCUAAGAAAGCAUUUUACAAUAUACUGUGAAUUAUCUCUAGAAUUAGUUAGAAAACCGCGACUGAACCAGCUAGAGAAAAACAGUUGGUAGAACAUCAAAGAAUUGUAUGCGGGAUCCAUUUUAGUUUUGGGCCUCCUUUCGCGAAUCUAACCAUAUAUGGAAACAAGCAAAAUGGGCUAUUGUUAGGAAGUCGUAUCGCUACAAUAUCUGCAAGAUUCAGACAAUUUAAAACUUCAAAAAUCGAGAAAAUCUUCAAAACCGAUUCUACACGUACUUCCAAAUAUGUAAGAUUACAAUAUACGCCUGCUAAACUAAUGUGGAGCACUUUCUUUUCCUGCUUUGAUAAUGGCGUUAAUACUAUACAGGGUCUUACAAAAACAAAUUUUCUU